AUGAUGUCCUUUCUCCCUCUUCUCACCCUUGUUGCAUGGUGGUUCAGCAUCGUCUCUGCUGUCGAGUUCCAGGCUCCACAGGCGCUGGCAGUGCUUGAUGCCACCUCCCCCCUUGAUAUCGAAUGGUCGUUCCCGGAGAACGCUACCUCGUUCCUACUAGGCACUGAUUACAGUAUAUGGCUGUGUGCGGGAGGCAAUGAAGACAACACUCAUUUAUUUAAGGGGACCAUCUUGAGCAACCCGGUCCAGACCACCGCUGAGGUCGACCCGAAUGCUGGAAGCGAGUACCCCAAUGGCUACUUCCUUGAAGCUGUCCUCAAUGGAAUGCAAGGGUACUCAUACCGCUUCACCCUCACUGGCAUGACUGGCUCCUUCUCGCCCAAUGUUGAGAAGGGCCUUCGAUCGCUCCCUAAGCCGGACGAAUCAGAUACUGCUCGAAUCCAAGCACGUCAAGUUCCAGCUCCUGGCGCUGCAGUACCCCCAGCCCCUGGCGCAGCUAACCCUCAAGCACCCGGUGCUGCCAAUCCCCCAGCUCCAGGUGCUGGUGCCCCCCCAGCGCCAGCGCCAGGAGCAGGCAAUCCCGCAGCACCCGUACCACCAGGAGGCAAACCACCUGCCGGAGCACCACCUGCUGGAGCACCACCUGCCGGAGCACCCCCAGCGGGAGUACCUCCCCCUGCUGCUGCACCUCCAGCAGGCGUACCGCCAGCAGCAGCUCCACCACCUGCAGCAGAACCAACUAUUGUCCAGACUGUACCUUACCCAGAGCAGACUGGACUCACAAGAUACGCUCCCGUACCAAAGCAACCACCGAAGAAAAUAGUUAAAAGAUCAGCCACACCUCAGUUUCCUACCAGCCCAUACAAAGUUGCUACCACUUUCUUACCACCACCUACUGUCAGGACUACCAUUUCUGCUUCUGUCACCCUGACUGCCGAAGCCCAUGAAAACACAGUGAGCUACACUCCCUGA